UUUUAAUUGUUUUCUUCAUACUCAGGUCAGAUUCGGGUCAGGUCAGAAACAAAUGGAUGGUAUUACGCAUUAUUUUCUUUUGUACCGCUCUUGAACGCCUUUGUUUCUCCUGACUUUACACCGGGACGACUUGUACCAACUCAACCCAGAGAUCAUUGAAAUUCUCUAUUCAUUCGCCGGAGCCUUAGCUUUAGCUGACUAGCCGAGAGUUAACGCCGACCGGGUAUCGAGCACUCCAGUCAGGUGGUGCGAGUCUUCAGCUGCAGAAUGCAGCAGUGCUAAGGGCAGAAUGUAUCUGAAGCUGGUGCAAGGCAUGUUGAUGAUGAGUCAAUUCACCGAGACCCAUGCCUGUUCAGGCCAGGACAACUGCUCCAUUUCAAACAACAGCUCUAAGUACUGGUGCUUUGCGGCGCGCAUCCGCAGCACUGUACUGCAGGGACUCCCGUUUGGAGGAGUGCCCACAGUUCUUGCCCUUGACUUUAUGUGCUUCCUGACACUGCUCUUUGUUUUCUCUAUCCUGAGGAAAGUAGCGUGGGAUUAUGGACGUCUGGCACUGGUCUCAGAUGCAGAUAGGCAGGAUCAGCGAUACCGACGUCUGGACGAGCUGGAAUAUGUUGCCUCCGCUAUGCAGACACCGGUCGAUACACGGUACGAACGUCUAACCUCCGUCUCCAGUUCUGUCGACUUUGACCAAAGAGACAGUGGUUUCUGUUCCUGGCUAACAGCCAUCUUCAGAAUCAAAGACGAUGAGAUUAGGGAAAAAUGUGGUGAGGAUGCUGUGCACUAUCUCUCAUUCCAGCGCCACAUCAUUGGUUUGCUGGUUGUGGUGGGCGUGCUCUCAGUGGGCAUUGUCCUACCUGUCAACUUCUCAGGGGACCUUUUAGAGGGUAACGCGUACAGUUUUGGACGAACGACAAUAGCCAAUUUACAGUCUGGUGAUAACUUGCUCUGGCUGCACACUAUCUUCGCAUUUCUUUACCUGUUACUGACUGUGUACAGCAUGCGUCGACACACUUCCAAGAUGCACUACAAGGAAGAUGACUUGGUAAAACGCACAUUAUUCAUAAACGGCAUCAACAAAUAUGCAGAAGAGAGUCAGAUAAAGCUGCACUUUGAGCGGGCAUAUGAAAACUGUGUGGUGCUGGAGGCCCGAAUUUGUUACGAUGUGGCCAAGCUCAUGUCUCUGGAAUCUGAAAAGAAAAAAGCAGAACGCAGCAAGAAGUUCUACACUGACCUAAAGGCCAGGGAGCAUGUGACUACCAUGAUCAAUCCCAAACCUUGCGGCCACCUCUGCUGCUGCAUCAUCAAGGGCUGUGAGCAGGAAGAGGCGGUGAGCUACUACACAAAGCUGGAGGCCAAGCUGAGGGAGGAGUAUAAGAAAGAGAGAGAGAAGGUCAACACUAAACCCCUGGGCAUGGCCUUCAUUACAUUCCAGAACGAAGCAAUGACCGCAGUCAUUCUGAAGGAUUUUAAUGCAUGUCGGUGUCAGGGCUGUAACUGUCGACGCAACCCCAGAACAUCAGCUCAAAGCAGCGUCCUGCAGAUAUACAACUGGACUGUCACCUAUGCUCCUGACCCACAGAAUGUCUACUGGGAGCACUUGUCUAUAGGUGGAUUAUCCUGGUGGCUUCGUUGCUUAGUCAUCAACAGCUUUCUUUUUCUCCUGCUCUUCUUUCUUACAACUCCUGCUAUCAUCAUCUCCACCAUGGACAAGUUCAACGUUACCAAGCCUGUGGAGUUCCUCAAUAAUCCUAUAAUCACCCAGUUCUUCCCUACCUUGCUCCUGUGGUCCUUUUCGGCCCUGCUGCCCACCAUUGUGUAUUACUCCGCCUUUUUUGAGGCUCACUGGACACGUUCUGGAGAGAACAGGACCACAAUGCACAAGUGCUACACUUUCCUCAUCUUUAUGGUCUUACUGCUGCCAUCUUUGGGCCUCAGCAGUCUGGAUCUGUUCUUUCGCUGGCUAUUUGACAAGACGUUCCUGGAAAAGGCCACAGUAAGAUUUGAAUGUGUAUUCCUACCAGACAACGGAGCUUUCUUUGUUAAUUAUGUCAUUGCUUCUGCCUUUAUUGGCAAUGCAAUGGACUUGUUACGCAUUCCUGGUCUGCUCAUGUAUAUGAUCCGCCUGUGCCUGGCCCGCUCUGCUGCAGAACGACGUAAUGUGAAGAAGCAUCAAGCAUACGAGUUCCAGUUUGGCGCAGCAUAUGCCUGGUUGAUGAAUGUCUUUACUGUAGUCAUGGCCUAUAGCAUCAUCUGCCCUAUCAUUGUUCCUUUUGGUCUAAUGUACAUGCUAUUGAAGCACCUUGUGGACAGGUAUAAUAUGUACUAUGCCUACCUGCCUUCCAAACUGGAUAAGAAGAUCCACUCCGGGGCUGUGAACCAAGUGGUGGCUGCACCCAUCCUGUGCUUAUUUUGGCUGCUGUUUUUUUCCACUGUACGCACAGGGUUUCUUGCCCCAACAUCAAUGUUCACAUUUGUGGUUCUGAUCAUCACCAUUAUCAUCUGCCUUUCUCAUGUUGUGUUUGGCCAUUUUAAGUACCUAAGUGCACACAAUUACAAGGUUGACACCCAGGAAGUGGAUGGAGCAGAAAAUGGACAGCCACCUGGCACAUCACCACCCACCAGAUCCACACAGAAAUACAUUGCUCAGGUCCUGCAAGAAGAGACAGGCUCUGGAGGCAGCGAGGAUGAUAGCCAGGGAUCCUCGCAGGACGAUGAUCCUAGCAGCACAUACCCGGUAGUAAAUGAGGCAGAUUUCCAGUCAGGGGAGGACAGCCUUAUUGACAAUGAGGUGCACCAGUGACGUACACUACACUUAAUAAACCUAAAGAGACUAUGAUAAUAACAAACCAAACCCACUGUAAUGGAACUGAAGAAAGCUCUUCUCCAGGACCCUUGAGCAGUAUGGACACUCAUAUAUUCGUAAAUGGCUUGGCGUGCGGUUAGCAAACAUUCGCAGACCUUGACUAAUUUCAUCUCCUACCUGAGUUGGGAUCGGUAGCUCAUUGCACACUAACUCAACUCAAGAGCACAAGACUAACCAAGUUUACCCAGAAACUCUGCUGCACAGUCACAGCUCACAGACAUCACCUAUGAAUGGCUCUAACCUACAUUUCUGGAUGGUAGAAUGUCUAGUGAUUUAAGCAGUCAUUCCACUACUUUACUUUGAUUUUGCUUCUGGGGGAAUGAUUUUGAUUAUGGUAUUAUACCUUGGAUUAUGCAUAUUAUACCUUACGUCCUCUUGUUAAAAUGACAGUUUAAUCAGUAGUGGAUCAACAGUAGAAAAACUUUCUGUAAAGCAGUUUCUUGGACACACUCCAACAUGCUUUUAGAAGAUGCAUGACACUAUUUUUGUUUGUAUUUCUUGAAGAAAAACACGUCGAAUUUUCAGCAAAAGGUCAAAUUAAUAUUAUAUUGAAAAUAUUCACUUUAGUUCUUUGUGUCAUCUGUAACUCAACAAUUACAGAAACAUGCAAGCACUAAAUACUGCACUACAGUGAGCAAGCUUAAGCACUGGCCAACGUCAGUGGAUUCAUCAAGAACGUAUUGAUGUAGAACUUUAUAGAUCCAUGCUGAUUUCGGCCCAGCUUAUAAAAAUCCUGGCUUUACUAGUCACGUAGUCCUGUAACAAGGGUUACAGAAUGCAUGCAACACACAUUGCCCACUUGAUUUUUUUCUUUGCUGCAUCCUUUUCUUCCAACGAAAAACCUCUUUUAGAGUUGCUGUUGUGCCUGAUGGUUACAGCACAACGAACCUGCCAUUAGUUUAGUAAGUGAGCGGCACAAAAAUGCAAUAGCAGUUGCGGUUACAGCAGAAAGCAACGAUCCUUGAUACUUGAAUGGAGAUUUUUCUUUUUUUCAUUCUUCUAUAUUAAUUGGUAAACCAAAAUGACAGGCUCUAGUAAAUCCUGCAGAUCAAUCAUGAGGCAUGAACACACACACAGAUUUGGUUUCUUUUUCAGCAGUGUUUGAUGCACAUACAUAAAAACAAAAUGUAUGACUUGAUUAUGCGUUUAUACAUGUUCUAAUACAUUUUAAGCAGUGUGAUAUGUAAUAACUUAAGAGUAUAACGUUUACAAAGUUUUGGCCUCAAGCAUAAUACCAUCAGUUGAAACCUUUGUUACCAGUGACUCAGGGUCACUCUGGCCAUGGUUUAGCCAGGCAGUGCAGUUCAAGGAUUUUGAGUAAUCAUGCAAUUUCAGAAUAAUUAAACCAAACCAAGCAUUAAAAUAUACACUUGCCAGUAGCAAGAACAGAAAGCCUUGCGCUGGCCUGCAGUAAGAAAAAUGCUAAGUGGACACAUGCCAUUACACUGCACAGACUUUAAUUCUUAUUGGGAUUGAUGUGGUACACUGUACUUAAUUUCUCAGACUUCAUUUGUGAUCUGCCAUGAUAUGGUGUUUUCUCUUCUCUGAUAGAGAUGCCUUUACUACCUGAUUGUAAAUUUGGUGGAUGUUCUCAAAGACAGAUUUUAUAUGUUUGUCACUUCCUUGCACGUUCUAGAAUGAAUAUUAUGUAUUUGAUUUUUAAGUAUAGCCUACUGUUCUUUUAAAAGUUAUUCAUACAGCUUGUGUUUCUGUUCUAUCUC